UGGUUCCGUCUUCCAGACUUGCUCGACGCUCGAGCUGCUCACCGUGCAGUGGCUCACGAAGAGGAUGGCCGCAUUUUUGUGACUGGUGGCGAAAACGAGUUCGGUCAUGAAAUGGAUCUGGUCGAGUACUGCACCCUUCCAGUCGGCAACUCUGCAGAACCUUCAGAAGCACACAGUUUCCUCACCUGGCGUCGAGCGGCACCGAUGAAUCUGAAACGCAAAUACCAUGCUCUGGCCUACGCAAAGGGCAAAAUUGUGGCUGUAGGAGGUUUUAUCCAACGCCGAGAAGUCACGCGGACAGUUGAGGAUGAAUACCAGAAGCCAGAACAGUGA